AUGGCCGCACCUGUCGCCGCAGACAGCGACCUCAUUAAUUUCGACAUUAUAGAAACCCACAAGGAAAACAUCCAGUCUCUCCCUGGCGGCCGAUCAGUCAAGCAGCUUGCCUCAAUAUUGUCGCCUCUUUCCUCCUCCAGGGGUUUAGGCGCAAGCGCAACUCCGACUUUGGAAGAGACAAAAACACUCAACGACGCCAUCCGACAAGAAUAUGAAAUCGAACUCCAAUCAAUAGCGGAUUUGGACGACCCUCUUGAUAUUUAUGACCGAUAUGUCAAAUGGACGCUGAACGCAUACCCAUCAGCCCAAUCAACACCUCAAUCUCAGCUUCUGCCGCUGCUGGAGCGAGCCACGAAGGCUUUCCUCACCACAAACCACUACAAGAAUGACCCGCGCUACUUGAAAUUGUGGCUGCAUUAUAUCCGCUUCUUCUCGGACACACCCAGAGAGACCUUUGCGUUCCUUGCUCGACACGGUAUCGGUGAAGGACUUGGGCUGUUCUAUGAAGAGUUUGCGGCAUGGCUGGAAACCGCAGGGAGAUGGGCACAAGCGGACGAAGUAUAUAAGCUGGGCAUUGAGCGGGAGGCCAGACCCAUGGAAAGACUGACGCGGAAAUACGCUCAGUUCCAGCAGCGAUUCGAUGCCAGGCCGCAAGCAGACGAUGAGCCCAGCUCCCCUGCGCUGCCCACUGUUCGCCUGGCCCUCGCCGCCAAGGUUGAUCCGUUUGCUUCUGCCCAUCGGAAUGACGACCCACAAGCAGCACGGCAGAGGAAUGGGAUAAGUGCCAGCUCUGCACCAACGUCGCGCUCCGGAAAGCCCAAAAUGGCCAUUUUCUCGGAUGCCGAUAAUGCUCAACAGCAGCAAUUGAGUACAAACAGCACGAAAGGUUGGGAUACCAUCGGGUCAAUGAAGGAUCGCAAGAAGGAGAACACUAUCGAGGCUCGAUCAUGGGCGGGAGAGAAGUUGAAGGCUGGAGGGAGAGUCGGGUCGGUCCAAAAAAUGGAAAUAUUCAAGGAUCCGGGACAAUCCGCACGGUCGCUGUCAAACCAAGACGCACAGCAAUCGCAUCAAGUCGUCAAUCCACGCACCGGUCGAGCCGAACGGGUCUUCGUAGACCUUGAAGCUAUCUACCCGGCCGACACUGACCAAGAAUUCAGCUUCGAGGAGCUUCGAGCCAUGUCUAGAGGCUGGGCCCAGAAGGACUGGAGACCACGAGAAGAAGAAACUCCGUUGAAACCAACUGCCGCCAAUGCCUCGAUGAACGUGAGGUCGAAGAUCAACAAGUCUCGAGAGCCGGAGGAUAUUGAGAAUCUUACACACUCGUUCUCCGAUAAGAUCGACCUGAACAGCGGUGCCACCUCCAGCCUCAGUGUUCACGAUGUGUCGACCCAAUCUAUGGUCGGUAUGCCACAGUCAGAUUCUCAGCCGGCAUCCAAGCCGUCGAAACAGAAGGAGAGGAAGAUGAAGAUUAGAGAAGUCAAACAGGAGACGCAGACGGUCAAGACUCGACUGGAAUCACCCACCGGCAAGAAGUUGAAGCGCAAAAAUUCCUCGCAAGAGCCAACCAUGACGUUUCACUCAAAGGCUGCCACGAACGAGAUAUACGAUAUGUUUAACCAGCCAAUCCGCAGACCAGCAGGAGCCAGAGAGGAUAGUCAGAGUGGCGAUGAGACCGAUUUCACUGAAGGGGAAGUAGACGAUGGGUAUAGCACUACAGGGGACGCCGAGAGCACAGGAACCGGUCGAGUGUCGGCUCCUAGUAGUGAAUUUGGUGACGAUACAUUAGCAUCCAUCAGAAAAUCCUCACAAAGUCAAAGUCAGUCUGAAAGCGUCUCUCCUUGGUCCGACUUCACCGCCAGCAGACACGUCCCACAUCUUGAUUUAGCACAUGUUUCCGGUGUCAAGGACAAAGCGAGCUCGACCAAGAAUCAAAGGAGAGCGAAAACCAGAGAUCAUUCAGAGGACAUGACAGAGAACAUGGACUCGUCCAGCCAGAACCAAACGCAGACUUCUGGGUUUGGAGGGUUUGACACCCAAGCGAUUGCUGCCAUUGCUGAGGGCAACUUUGACGACCUAGACACCAAAGCCAUUGCCAUGAUGGCGGGUGACAUCGAUGAGGGUGCGACAGACGCUGGGGAUAUCGAUGUUGUGCAAGAUGUCACUGUUGCCCUGUCUGCAGACCAGGCCGCACUAAUGGAUGAGCGUGCGGAAGAUCUCGAGGCUUUGAACAAUGAUGCCAACGAUGUCGCCCUCGCCACCCCAGUUGACAUCGAGUUCCCCGAACAUCAAGAGAUCUCACACAAACCUCGCUUUAUCCCCAUUCCACCUAUCGACUAUGAGCCGACCCCGAUUCGACCUUACCGUGACCCGGCGAUGCUGGCACAAAACAAGAUGCCGUUCAUGACACCAAUCGCAGAGCGAACCGAAUCUUCACUUGCCCCGUCGACUGUUUUCAACGCACCCGAAUACUUCGAGUCCAAGACCCCUAGCAAGUCCAAGUACGAGAGCCCGUCGAAACUCGGGGUUGAGGAUCUAUUCCUGAGCAGCCCGCAGCAGGAGCUUGCGACGCCAACGUCUGCUUCCCCAGCGGCGAAAAGAAAAUACUGUGAGACUGGCGCGACCGAGGAUGAGCUCACCACAUCCUCACCACAGAAGAAAGGACCCCGCAAGCCGACGGACCCAUAUUCCUCGCCCGUUCCCCUGCCCACCACGAAUGAGGAGACCUUCAAGACCCCAGCUUUGCCAUCGAAACCGACUGUCAGAUCACCCCUGUCAAAGAUUCAAAAAGGCCCAAUCAUCCCAGACCUACAAUGCAAUCCGUGCGACGAUGCAGUCCGAAACCAGAUCCUUACCUCUGUCUACCCGCCCCUCUCCACCCAAAAGGGGUAUUAUGAUCAUUCGAGCAUCACUCUUGGACGCUAUCCUGCCUUGAAGUCUUACGCUGAAAAACAAGCAAAGUCAAAAGUGAAAUUCAGUCCCAGAAAGAGUCAGAACGAGAAACCCCCAACCAAAGCAGUUCCCCCGAUCCUCAAAUUCGGUGAGACAACCCGAGUUUACGCAGUCAAGCGAGAACUGGGCGAGGGGGCGUUUGCGCCGGUGUAUCUGGUCGAUAGUUACGACCCAGCCGAGAAUGAAGACACAGACGACCAUGACAAGGAGAACCAGACGCCACCGUCGUCUCAGCUUACCGAUUCAUCCCGUCAACCGCUUGAAGCUCUCAAGACCGAGUCCCCGCCGGGCACACUGGUCUGGGAAUUCCACAUCGUCCGCUUGAUCAAACAGCGCCUCGGUUCGGCUGCGCGAAGCAUGCAGUCCAUCAUCCUCGCUCACGAAUGCCAUCUCUACCGCGAUGAAGCCUACCUCGUCCUCUCUUACAGCCCGCAAGGGACAUUGCUCGACCUGAUCAAUAUGGCACGGAGCGAGAAUGUCAAAGCCGGUAAACCUGCGGAGGGUUUAGACGAAGUGGUGGCUAUGUGGUUCAGUGUCGAGCUUCUGCGGACCCUGGAGGACCUCCAUCGUGUGGGCAUCCUCCACGGCGACUUGAAGGGUGACAAUUGCCUCGUGCGCUUCGAUACCACCAUGGAUCUGACAGCGCCAUUCCAGGCGGAGGGACAUCACGGGUGGCAAUCUCGGGGCCUGAGACUGAUUGACUUUGGCCGCGGCAUCGAUACACGCAUGUUCAAGCCCACCGCACAGUUCAUCGCCGACUGGCCUUCUUGUCCUCAGGACUGUACCGAAAUCCGCGAAUGUCGACCCUGGAAGUGGCAAAUUGACUAUCACGGGGCAGCAGGGGUGAUCCACUCGUUGUUGUUCGGUAAAUACAUCGAGACAAUCCCAGCUGGAGGCAGUACGCUCGCAGGUCCGGGUCAAAAGAAGGAAUGGAAAUUGAAGGAGAACCUCAAGCGAUACUGGGAGAAGGAUAUUUGGGGAGAUGUGUUUGCGACAUUGUUGAACCCGGGCUGCGUGGCUGAUGGGGAAGAAAUGCCAAUUCAGGGGAAUUUGAAAAGAGUGAGGGUGAUGAUGGAGAAGUGGCUGGUGGAUGAGGGCGAGCGAGGUGGUCGGGAUCUGAGAGCGAGCUUGAGACGGAUGGAACGGUUGGUUUGCACGAAGUGA